CAGCGGCGCGCGGUGUAGUUGUGCUCGCUCGCGCUGGACUCAGUAGCAGAGAGAAGGAGAAUCACGACGAAGAUGGUCUCAAUACGCGGAGUUCCCCUCGCGGAUAGCCUCUGUUGGUACUGAUUCGGAGUGUUCUCCCGGAUAGCUCUGCUUCGAGGAGUUGCUUCAUUUUCGGAAUGAUGCUAUGAAGACCACCAGAGAUGACUGAUGUGGAACCUGUUGUCUCUGACUUUGCAGCCACGGGCAGGACUGGCCGGCGGAAUGCAUUGCCAGAUAUUCUAGGUUCCACGGCUGGUCCUGGAGCUGCCGACCUACCUGAUAAACUAGCUGAGCUUUCAGUAGGAGAUGAUGGCGAACAGGGCGGAGAGAGCUCAUCCUCGUCCGACCCACCUAAGGAAACCACAGAGGGGGCAAAGACAGAGGGCUCAUAACUCGACACCAACGCCGUAGUGAUCUGACCUCAUGAGAGACUCACACAUGACCUGCCUCUACUCUUGUCCCAUUGACCAAACAACUGUUACACUCUGUGCUAUGCAACAUCAAGACCACCUAUGAUUAGCAUUCGGAUGUGGGCCAGUGGAAAACAGCUCAUUCCUUUUAUAGGAAUUCAUCUGAAAUUGUGUUUUUCAAAUAUCAACGUUUGUUCAUUUCAUACCUCGAUGACUUUGUCAAAUUUGACUUUUUCCCCCAAAGACUCACUGUCAUGAUUUUCCUAACGACCGGCUGUUUUGUGUGUCUUUUGAAAACAGAUGUGACCUGCUUUCUCAUUUUAAAAAGCGACAUUUUGUUUAAUUUUAAGACUUUCCAUAAUAGCAUUCUUCUCUGAAUGUUGACAUUUAGUGGCAAAAAUGUAUCUUUUUGCACAAAAAAGUAAAUACAUUCCAUUUGGUGAUGUAAGUAAAGUUUUUUAUCUUACGAUAUUUGUCUGUCCUUGUACAACAUCACAUCAUUUGUGUUUUGUAUUGUAAAGAUAUGCAUUGUUAAUAUUCGACCCAGAAGAUAAGAAAGAGUGCUGAAUAACAUGAAAUAUGAUAUUUUCUUCUUGUAAAUACAGAAUUGUACAUUAUAUUUGCUAGUUUUGUUUAAAAGGCUUUUGUUUUGUGCGUAACUUCUGUCAGUGCUGCCCUGCGUGAGCUCAAAUUGGAUUGUUAGCUGAUGUAUUGCUGCAAACAUCAGUGGUCAUGUCAUUCGGACAUCAUCUUAAGUGCUUGUCUCAGAUAUUUCUUUGCUGUUGUUGAUGGCAAUGAAAAAAUAUGAUUGUGGAGACUUGUUGUUCUUCCUCUCUUUCAUCUUUUCC